AUGAAGGAAGAUUCUGUACUAGCAUUAAUCAAUCCUUCGAGUGAUGCCAGUGAUACUGGCCCUCUUCGAAUGAAGUUUGUGGAUAUUCGCGAGAGUGAAGAAUCAAAACGAGUUGCAUGGUCUACAACAGGUCAAAAAUGGCGACAAGCUCGGUCUGGUAAGUGUCUCGAAGGUAAAUGCACAAAGUCUGGAUGUGAGGCUUACGAUCAAAAGGUUAUUAUUCCCAUCGGUUACGGCCUAUUCGAUCUCCUUCGCGAUUCUGACGCCGCCAGCAAAUGUCCUAUGUGUGAAGAAUAUGUUGAGCCUAUAACAGCUUUAUUUAAUGAUUGUUGGUGGAAAUACAAAGGGAAAACAAAAGAACAAGAAGAUGAUGGUAAACGACCCGUACCACAUAACAGCGAUUGGAAACAAGCUGAUGAUGCCUACCAUUAUUUCGAUGAACAGACGAGUGAAACGGCAAUAUGGUGGGAUCUGAUAUUCGAAGUUGUCAAAGAUAAACCUCAGCAAUAA